AUGCGUGGCAAGUACGAGCCGAUACUGAAUUCACUUAUCCAUGCCAAGAAAGUCGGAGGACAGAAUGGUACCCAGGUAUUUAAUAUUUUCACUGCCAGGUACAAUCUCAUCAAAGAGAACUUCAUGGCUACUUGGGAGGAGAUCAAAACCUUGGCCGCUGACCUGCGUCGAGUGCAGUUGGGAGGAAAUGAGAAGCGACUUUCGAAGAGGAAUUGCAUCGAAUUAAUUUCCAAGCUAAUCGAAUCAGGUCUCAUCGACUUGGUUACGACCAGCGAUGGUAAAGAAUACAUUACCCACGAUUACCUCGUCACUCUCAUUAAAAAUGAAAUUAUUGCCAAUGGAGGGAGAGUAUCACUUUCCGAUAUUCAUCUGGCACUUGGCGUUCAAUAUCAACAAAUAGAAGAUCACGCAGAUCUUCUGCUGAAAAGCGACGACGAUAUCACAAUCUGUCUCGGACAGCUUAUCACUAAGGAGUACCUUAAAAACUUGUGUCGUGAGGUGGACUCACUGCUUCAAAACGAGGGAAGGGUUUCGAUAUCAAACUUAUCAAAGCGGUAUGAGCUUCCGGUCGACUUCCUUAAAAACGAAAUCCAUCAGCAGAUUCCGUUGAUCGUUCAUGCCAUCAUUGACCCUGCUGACCCAUGCGUCUUGUACACUGAGAGUUUCGUGAAUACUCAAGCUGCCAUCAUCAGAGGUGCUCUCUGCGGAAUUACGAGGUAAGU